GAAGGAUGUGGAGGGUGGGAGGGCGGAGGGUGAGACCCCCCCGUGGCCCCCAGAGCUGCCGACGCUGCGAAUGGCCUUCGCCGUGGUGGGGAAGGGAUCCUUGGCCGCCUCCUUCAACUGCGCCUACAUCUUCACCGGGGAGCUCUUCCCCACCAUCAUCAGGCAGACGGGGAUGGGCCUGGGGGGCACCAUGGCCCGCGUGGGGGGGAUGGUGGCCCCCCUGGUGCGAAUGGCGGCCGACGUGACCCCCGCCCUGCCCCUCGUCAUCUACGGGGCCGCCCCCGUCGUGUCGGCCGUGGCCACGGCCUUCCUGCCCGAGACACGAAACGUCCCCCUGCCCGAGACUGUCCGAGACGUUGAGAAGCGGGCCGGGCGCCUGCGGGACGAGGACGUCGCCGUCCCCCUGAGCAGCACCAAGAGCAAGGACAGCGCCUGAGGGGGGGG